CCGGCAGUCGACGCGUAUCGAGCGCACGUCAGUGUCAGCAGCCAGUUGUCAGGUGUCGGCCGCGGAGUACGCGUGUGUUCAGUGAAGUGCGCGGGGCUCCACCAUGGCUCUGCUCAGACGAUUAGCAGUCAACGCGCCCCGGGGCGCCCGCGCCCUUGCCUCGGCGCCGCCGCCGAUGCGCGACGAACUCGACCUUACCUUCAGCAGCCCCAAAGAUGCCUUCAAGAGCAAGAAGACGAGCGAGCUGGUGCGAGCGUACCUCGUCUACCAGCUUUGCUCGGUCAACUGGCUCGUUGAAAACAACGACAUGCUGAUGAAACGGAUGCGGCAAGUGGUCGGCAAGAAGCUCUUCGAAAUGAUAAUGAAAGCCACGUUCUACGGGCAAUUCGUCGCUGGCGAAGACCAGAAUAAGAUCCGACCCACGCUCGACAGACUGCGAUCAUUCGGCGUCAAGUCGAUCCUCGACUACUCCGUCGAAGAGGACCUCUCCCAAGAGGAGGCCGAGAAGCGAGAAGUCAGCGCUUCAAUCUCCCAGAGCGGAGAUAAAGAGGAAGAGGGACAGCUGAAGCAAUACCAUGUGGAGCAACGCUUCGCCGACCGCCGGUACAAAGUGCACAGUGCGCGCACGUACUUCUACCUCAACGAGGCGGCGUGCGAGAGGAAUAUGGAGGCGUUCCUCAAGAGUAUCGAAGCUGUGGCCGACACCACGAAAAGCACCGGCCUCAUGGCGGUCAAAUUGACCGCGCUGGGAAGACCUCAGUUGCUGUUGCAACUGUCCGAAGUGAUCAUGCGCGCCCGCAACUACAUGCAGCAGAUCGUCGGUGGCAUGGGCAACGUGCUCACCCACCACAAAACCAUCGAGGACCUGCAGCGGUACUUCGGGGACCACAGCUCCAAGCCUGAGGUCCAGGAGUUCAUGAAACAGAUGACCUCGGACAAAGAGGGCAUCGUGCAUUUAUUCCCCUGGUCGGGAAUCCUCGACAAGGACAUGGGCCUGUCGGACUCGUUCCGUGUGCCGGACCCCAAGACCGGCCAGAUGAGACGCCUCAUCUCACAGAUCCUGCCUAAGGAAGAGGAGAUGUUCCGGAACAUGCUCCGGCGGCUUAACCACAUCAUCCAGACCGCGAACGACGCCGACGUGCGAAUCAUGAUCGACGCCGAACAGACCUACUUCCAGCCGGCCAUAAGUCGCAUCUGUCUCGAGAUGAUGCGUCGGUACAACAAGGACAAGUUCCUCGUGUUCAACACGUACCAGACCUACCUAAAAAACACCUACAACGAGAUCCUCACCGACUUGGAGCAGGCCGAGCGGCAGAACUUCUACUGGGGCGCCAAGCUCGUCCGCGGCGCUUACAUCGAACAGGAGCGCGCGCGAGCUGCGGCGAUGGGUUAUGAAGACCCCACCUGUGAGAGCGUGGAGGCUACCACAGUGUCCUUCCACAAGUGUCUCAAGGAGAUCCUUUCCAGGGUCAAGGGCCGCGAGGGCAAGGCCUCCCAGCUGGGCAUCAUGGUGGCGAGCCACAACGAGGACACGGUCCGCUACGCCAUCGAGCUGAUGCAGCAGCACGGCAUCCGGCCCGGGGACAAGGUCGUCUGCUUCGGCCAGCUGUUCGGCAUGUGCGACCAUGUCACCUUCCCGCUCGGUCAAGCCGGGUACUCCGCGUACAAGUACGUGCCGUACGGGCCCGUGAACGAGGUGCUGCCGUACCUGUCGCGGCGCGCCAACGAGAACCGCGGCUUCCUCUCCAAGAUCAAGAAGGAGAAGAGCCUCCUACUCAAGGAGAUCGCGCGCCGCGUACUCACCGGGCAGAUGUUCUACAAACCCGUCGGCAACUACAAGCCGGUGUAAAAAGCACUUUAACACCUUGUGCUGUAGUCUAAUUUCCUUUGCGGAGUGUUUCGGUUCGAGUUGAAAGUAGUGUGACUCGGAGCGGAUUGUGAUAUGGAUCAUCGGGUUUGUUGGGAAGGUGGUUUGGGAUACUGGCCGGUUGGAAUGUCUAUGGGUGGUUUGAAAGUAAGCGUAAAACGUCCCUAUCUACUGA